AAUUAAAAUCAGUUUAUCCGUUUGGACAGAAGAAGCACUGUCUGAAUGCGUUAACGGAGCAUUAAGCUUAAGCAUAGAAGAGAAGAGAAGCUGAAAAGCGAUUUUGAGAUUAUGAAGAGAAUCGCGGUGAAUUGUAGUAUCAAACCUCCUACUCCUACUUCUACACAUUCAUACAAUAACCGUUCUUCUCGUCUAACGCUUUUCGCUUCUUCAUGGCUUCCAAAUUAUUAUGCUACUCGUCACAACAACAACAACUUCAUUGCUUCUGCUUCUUCCGUUUCUGGUUCAGAGCAGUGGUUGGAUGUGGGAUCAAAGAAGAAAAGGAAGGAGAUAGCUGGAAUUGAUCAGGAUGAAUUAGUGGAUCCAAAGCUUUUAGCUGAUCCCGACAGUUGUUUUUGUGAGUUCAAAGGAGUGCAUAUACACCACAAGAUAUAUGAUUCUGAAUCUAGUUCCCAGGAACAAACCAGCAAGAUGUGUUUGCCUAUGGUUUUGUUACAUGGAUUUGGAGCCUCGGUUUUCUCUUGGAAAAAAGCUAUGAAGCCUCUGGCUGAGGCUACAUGUUCCAAAGUUCUAGCUUUUGAUAGGCCAGCGUUUGGAUUAACAUCUAGGGUCAAUUUAUCUUCUGGAAUAGGUGAUACUAAACCUUUAAAUGCAUACUCCAUGGCAUUUUCAGUGCUUGCUACCUUGCACUUCUUUGAUUUAUUAAAAGCUGAGAAAGUAAUUUUAGUUGGGCACUCAGCUGGUUCAAGUGUAGCAGUUAAAACAUAUUUCGAAGCUCCUGAACGUGUUGCUGCUCUAAUUUUAAUUGCCCCCGCAAUUUUCGCACCACUUACUUCACCCAAAGUUGUUAAAGAGAAUCAACCAAGACAAGAUAAUGAAAUGAAAGAAGACAAUGGUUCUAUUAGAAAAAAUCCAAUUGUUGAACUUUACAUGUCGUUGUCCAAGAUUAUCAAGAGCGUUGCAAUGACCAUAACAAAGAUGAUGAAGCCUAUGAUAGAUAUACUCAACUCUUUGUAUAGGAAACUGUUAUCAACUAUCCUGCUUUCUUCCCCUGCAAUAAUGCUGGUAAGAAUGGCAAUUGAUAAGUUUGGUACCGCUGCAGUUCGAAAUGCAUGGUACGAUCCAAAACAGGUCUCUGAGCAUGUCCUUAGUGGUUAUACACAGCCAUUGAGGGUUAAAGAUUGGGAUAGGGCACUGGUGGAGUUCACUGCUGCAACGCUUCUUGAUGAGGAGUCUAAUACAAAGCCUGCACUUUCUAAAAGACUUAAUGAAAUAUCUUGUCCUGUUCUGAUUGUAACCGGUGAUAGUGACCGAAUAGUUCCUUCAUGGAAUGCUGAGAGACUUUCAAGAGUCAUACCAGGAGCAUCGCUUGAAGUAAUUAAGCAAUGUGGCCAUUUGCCUCAUGAAGAAAAAGUGGAGGAAUUUAUUUCAAUUGUUGAAAACUUUCUAAGGAAAUUAGCAGGCGAAUCAAAAGAACAAUACCUACAACCCGCGAUGUGAAUUUUGUACUACUCAGGCUUCCCGUUUUACUUUACAGAAAAUCCAUAUAAUACAAAAAGCUUCCUCAUUGAUCAGAUGGAGGAAGAUCAUUUAAAGGUGUAUUGAUACAUACUCAUUAAAUUCAUCAAGCAUGACGAGACCAGCUAAUGAAAAGCUUGGAAAUGGAAAAGUGCCUAUAAACAAUAAAAUAAAUUUUAUAGUAGAUUCCAUUACAUUAUAGUGCUAGCCUGCUAAAGUCCUAGAAGCUAUCUUGUUUGUGUUAACCAGCCUGAAUGAAAUGUAUCUUCAUUUAUAGCAUAGGCCGUGUACCUAUAUCAUACAGGUCUCUAAAUUAUGUAUUUAAGUAUGUAAUUAUGUAUUUUUAUGUCCAAAAAAAGUAUGUAAUUAUAUUUGAUUUCUGGAAACGAAUAACUGCAGGGAGUGAAGUUGAA